AUAUUGUUCUCCUCAUCACAAUGAACAACCACACAACUAAUAAAUUUUGUAUUGUUCUUAUUUUCUCUAAAUAUUUUAUCUUGUUCUUCACUUUUUUGGUUCCAUUAUUAGCACUUAUAACAAAAUCUGAACAAGUUGGAUGUGGAUAUAUUGUUAGAUCAGUAGGCGUUGACUCAUCUGGAAGGACGUUGACUGCUUAUCUUCAGCUCAUCAAAAGUUCAUCUGUUUUUGGAACUGACAUUCAAAAUCUCACCCUUACUGCUUGCUUUGAGACGAAAGACCGUUUAAGAGUCAGAAUUACGGAUGCUGAUCAUGAAAGAUGGGAAGUUCCUCGAGAAUUUAUCCCCCGGGAAACUCAUUUAUCCCCCCGAAGCUCCCUCUUGGAAAAGCGCUCUUCUACCUCACUUCCAUUAUCAGAAGACACACACUACGUCCAUACAGACACCGUUUCGGACCUUACUUUCACUCUCUACAACACCACCCCUUUUGGCUUUACUAUCACGCGUCACUCCACAGGUGAUGUUCUUUUUGACACCACACCUGAAAAUGACAUUCCGGACACGUUCCUCAUCUUCAAGGAUCAGUACCUUCAAUUGUCCUCUUCAUUGCCAGCCAAUAGGUCAUCUAUUUAUGGUCUCGGGGAGCAUACCAAGAGAAAUUUUAAGCUCAAGCAUAAUCAGACAUUGACUCUUUGGAAUGCUGAUAUUGGUAGUGCUAAUGUUGAUCUCAACUUGUAUGGUUCCCAUCCUUUUUACAUGGAUGUCAGGUCUCAUCCUGGCGCGGGGACUAGUCACGGAGUCUUGCUGUUCAAUAGCAAUGGCAUGGACAUUGUAUAUGCUGGUGACAGAAUUACUUACAAGGUGAUUGGAGGGGUCAUUGACUUGUACUUCUUUGCUGGUCCUGUGCCAGAGUUGGUCAUGGAACAGUACACAGAGCUCAUUGGCCGCCCAGCACCCAUGCCAUACUGGUCUUUUGGAUUUCACCAAUGCCGUUAUGGUUAUAAAGACAUUACUGAAAUUAAGCAUGUGGUUGCUGGAUAUUCGAAAGCUCAGAUCCCUCUUGAGGUCAUGUGGACAGAUAUUGAUCAUAUGGAUGGUUAUAAGGAUUUCACACUCGAUCCUAUUAACUUCCCACUUGACCAGAUGAAGAAAUUUGUUGAUACACUUCAUCACAAUGGUCAGAAAUUUGUUCUCAUAUUGGAUCCAGGGAUCAGCAUAAAUAGCUCAUAUGAGACAUACAAGAGAGGGAUGCAAGCAGACGUUUUCAUCAAACGCGAUGGUGUCCCUUAUCUCGGCGAAGUUUGGCCUGGAAAAGUCUACUUUCCUGAUUUCAUAAAUCUCCGAGGCAGAGUCUUCUGGAGUAAUGAAAUCAAGAUUUUCCAUGACCUUCUCCCCAUCGAUGGGCUCUGGCUUGACAUGAACGAGUUAUCUAACUUCAUUUCUUCUCCUCCGAGCCCGUCUUCUACCCUUGACAACCCUCCUUAUAAGAUCAAUAACUCCGGAAGCUUACGUCCAAUAAACGAGAAGACUGUCCCAGCAACAUCAGUACAUUUCGGGAACGCCUUAGAGUACAAUGUUCAUAACCUCUACGGAUUCCUGGAAGCUAAAACUACCAAUGCUGCUUUAAUCGAUGUUACUGGUAAAAGGCCGUUUAUACUUAGCAGAUCAACCUUUGUGGGUGCUGGGAAGUACACGGCACAUUGGACCGGAGACAAUGCAGCCACAUGGGAUGAUUUGGCUUAUAGUAUUCCCGGCAUUUUGAAUUCUGGAUUGUUUGGGAUUCCCAUGGUUGGAGCUGAUAUAUGUGGCUUUGGUAGAAAUACUACUGAAGAAUUAUGUCGCCGUUGGAUUCAGCUAGGUGCAUUUUAUCCCUUUGCAAGGGAUCACUCUGACAAGUUCACUAUCCAUCAAGAGCUAUAUAUCUGGGAUUCAGUAGCUGCAACUGCCAGAAAGGUGCUCGGACUACGGUAUCGUCUCUUACCAUACUUCUACACGCUAAUGUUUGAGGCACACACCAAAGGCGUCCCUAUAGCGCGUCCUCUUUUCUUUUCAUUUCCCGAGGAUACAAACACUUACACCAUCGACACUCAGUUUCUCAUCGGUAAGGGGUUAAUGAUAUCACCAGUACUGACAUCUGGAGCAGUUUUAGUUAACGCGUAUUUCCCAUCUGGUACCUGGUUCAACCUCUUCAACUAUUCAAACUACGUGAAUAUGAAGUCCGGUAGCUACAUCAGUCUAGAUGCGCCUCCUGAUCAUAUCAACGUGCACCUCAGGGAGGGAAACAUUGUAGUGAUGCAAGGAGAAGCAAUGACAACAAGAGCAGCCCGGGAUACUCCGUUUGAACUUGUUGUUGCCAUCAACAACAGGGGAAAUAGUUCAGGGGAAGUUUUCUUGGACGAUGGCGAAGACGUUGAAAUGGGAGGAGAGGGAGGAAAAUGGAGCCUAGUGAAAUUUCACACUAAUGUUGUGAAUAAGAAGUUAUAUCUAAGAUCAAAUGUUGUGAAUGAAGAGUUUGCUUUGAGUAAGAAUUGGAGAAUACACAAAGUGACUUUUCUUGGACUGAAAAAUGGGGUGAGUAGAAUAAGAGCAUAUAAUUUGACUUCUAAAAUUAGAACAAAAAUUGAUAAAAGUGCAUUUGGUGUUUUGGAGAUGAGAGGUCUAUCAGUUCUUAUUGGAAAAGAAUUUACUAUUGAGCUAACACUUGAAAAUUAAUUAUCGGAAACAACUUCUCUACCGUAUAAAGGUAGGGGUAAGGUAUGUGUGCAUCUCACCUUUCUCAGACCUGACCAUUCCAAGACUCAACUUGUAAGACUAGACUGGAUGUAUUAUUAUUGUUGUUGUUCAUGUAAUUCAAACUACAAUAUUGUUCAUCAAUUGAGUCAAUUGGAAAAAGUUGUUAAGGUUAUUGCCAUGUUAUAAUAAAAAUAUUCUAGUUGUA